CUGUGUGACACACACUUACCAUUAUUUAAGCAUUUGACUUUCAAAUUGUACGUUCUUUAAUCGAGUCAAGUAACAUACCUAUUCACUCGCAAAAAAAAAUACAGCAAACUGCCAUGGCUCCCAUUUCGGUACGGCGCCUGGCUCGCCUACCAAUACAUCUACUUUUUAACCGCGACUACUUUUGGUACCUGGCAGCAAUGCUGUUAAUUGGCGAAUGCGUGCUCAAUCUUAUAAUCAUCAAUAAAGUGGCAUACACUGAAAUUGACUGGAUCGCAUAUAUGCAAGAAGUCAAGGGCUACUUGGAUGGAGAACGCGAUUAUCGUCAAUUACAAGGUGAUACUGGACCCCUUGUAUACCCAGCUGGCUUCGUCUACAUCUACUCUUGGCUUUAUCAUGCUACGAAUAAUGGAAGCAACAUUCGGCUGGCACAAUACCUUUUUGAAGGAUUGUAUCUCGCAACACAAUUAAUCGUAUUCGCUAUCUACUCGAAAUCGAAGAAAAUACCUCCUUAUACUAUGAUUUUACUCUGUGUCUCCAAGCGUCUUCAUUCAAUCUAUGUUUUACGAUGCUUCAAUGAUCCUGUUGCCAUGUUCUUUAUGUACGGCUGCAUACUUGCCAUGCUGCACCGCCAGUGGCUGUUGAGCAGCGUGUUGUUUAGCGUUGCACUAUCAAUAAAGAUGAAUGUGCUGCUCUUUUUCCCUGCAUUUGGUAUAUUGUUAUGGCAAUCAGUUGGUGCGUGGGUUACCAUGGGAUAUUUGAUCGUUGUCGUUGCUAUCCAGAUUGGCCUUGCAUAUCCAUUUCUGGCAACUUAUCCAGACUCAUAUGUUAACCGAGCAUUCGAGUUUUCCCGAGUCUUUGAUUAUGAAUGGACCGUCAACUGGAGGAUGGUUGACGAAAAGGCGUUUGUUUCACCUGAAUUUGCGACUGCAUUGCUUACUGGACACGCUGUAACACUCCUAGUGUUUCUGGUCAUGGUUUGGUGCAAAGGCACUGUGGUAAUCAAAGUAUUUUACUAUGGUCUUCGCAACAGGACACGCAUGAUUUCUGCAGAUGAAAUAAUCAGUACAAUGUUUACGUCCAAUUUUAUGGGCAUCGUAUUUGCUCGGUCAUUGCACUACCAAUUCUACUCGUGGUAUUUUCAUAGUCUUCCCUAUCUGUUGUGGCAGAGCGUGCCAGCUUUCCUCAGGCUUGGUACUUUUAUCGCGAUUGAAAGUUGCUGGCUUACUUUCCCAUCGACGGUGACUUCCUCCUGGACCUUGCUUGGAUGCCACGUAGUGAUUCUUCUAGGCCUUUUGACUAAAGGGAUUUGACGGAAGGAGAGAUUAAAUAAUUAAAAAUUCAUGUAACGUACGAAUAUCAGUGACCGUAUCAUUUAAAACACAUCAUUGUCUCGAUAUAAUACAAUACGCCCGCCUUAUUACUGUUAUGGUAACCCCGUUUUAACUCAAACAAACAUCAACACACCGUUACUCUCUGAUUUAGAACAGAAACCAAUGGUAUACUGCAUGUGGUUUUCAAUGUACCUGGACUUUUAUCAAAGAUAUUAAAAUUCGCU